GCUGGGAAAACAAAUGGCGGGGCCGUCUGCAAACAUUUCCAUUCUCACCAUGGAUAUCUCAAUUUUCUUCCUUCUUCUUAUGCUCAUCCAAACUCCUCUCCUAUCUUCAUCAUCAAAAACAUUUGACGUUCUCAGAGGCUCAUCUUUAUCUGUGGAGGACCCAAGCGACAAACUGGUUUCUCUCAAUGGUGAUUUCUCUGCGGGAUUUUUGAAAACGCUUUCUGCUUUGCCAUAUGGUUGAUUAGGUCCUCAGCUCCGACCGUUGUUUGGAUGGCAAACCGAGAUGAUCCGGUUGACGGAACAGGUUCACAGCUUUCGAUUUCGAAAGAUGGCAAGCUUCGCCUAACGAACUCUGCCGGUAUAACCGUUUGGGCCACCAGAACAGCACCCUCGACCACUUUAGAGUCCUGGAAAUUGCAACUUCAGCUCCAAAACACCGGAAAUCUUGUUCUAAAUCAUUCUCAGAAUGGUGUCGUCUGGCAGAGCUUUGAUUCCCCAACAGAUACUCUACUUCCACAACAAAUGCUAACCAGGACUUCAACCCUUGUAUCAAAAUUAAGCAAAGUAGACUAUUCUUCUGGCUACUAUAAGCUAUUUUUUGACAACGAUAAUGUACUUCGUCUAUUAUACCAAGGUCCUGUUGUAUCCAGUCUCUACUGGCCUGAUCCAGAGCUUAGUGAUCCUGGACUUGCCGGAAGGUCUAUGUACAACUCUAGUAGAGCUGCAGUACUGAACGAGUUGGGCUAUUUAUGGUCAUCUGAUCAUUUGGAGAUCCUAGCUACAGAUUUUGGUGUGAAAACUCACCGAAGAUUAACUCUUGAUCGUGAUGGUAACCUUCGAUUAUACAGCCUGGAAGCAAUGAAUGAAGGGUGGGAUUGGGUUGUCACAUGGCAAGCGGUGUCGGAUCCAUGCACGAUUCAUGGCAUAUGUGGGCCCAAUAGUUUUUGUAGUUAUGAUCAUGCUUCCGGCAGGAGAUGCUCUUGCUUGCAGGGAUUCAAGAUCAAAGAUCCAACUGAUUGGUCUUUUGGGUGUGAAGCGGAAUUCAAUAUCCCUUGCAAUCAGAGUCAUGGAAAGCUGUCUAGUUUUGUCCAACUUUCUCAUUUUCAUUUCUAUGGCUAUGAUUUAGAGUUCCUGCCUAAUGUGACCUUACAACACUGUGAAAACAAAUGCCUAAGGGCGUGUAGUUGCAAAGGUUUCCAAUUUGUAUUUAAAGCAGACUACGGUGGCUAUUUAUGUUACCCCAAGUAUGAGUUAUACAAUGGACAACUUACACCAAAUUUUGAGGGAGACUUGUAUUUAAGGGUACCCAAAGCUGGUUUUGUCUAUAACAAGACGCUGGAUGCCGCCGAAUCAUUGUUGAAUUGCACAGCCGAACUUAGCAGGAAAGUUAGAGGAACGUAUGAAAAUAAGACAGUGAAGCUUUUGCUUUGGUUUGUCACUGCAGUGGGAGGCCUAGAGGUAACCUGCAUUUUCCUGGUGUUCCUUUCCUUGUUCAUGAGCAGUAAGAAUUCCGACCCAGUUGCAGAAGGACACCUCCUGAUGUCUAGAUUCAAGCGAUUUAAGUUUUCUGAGCUGAAAAAGGCCACACGGGGAUUCGUUGAAGUGAUUGGACGAGGAGGGGGAGGGGUAGUAUACAAAGGUAUGCUGCCCGAUAAGCGAGUUGCAGCAAUCAAAAGACUCGACGAAGCUCACCAAGGAGAAGCCGAAUUCCUAACAGAAGUAAAUACCAUUGGGAGGCUUAACCACAUGAACUUGAUAGACAUCUGGGGAUUCUGCGCAGAGGGAAAGCAUAGGCUUCUGGUAUACGAGUACAUGGAGAAUGGAUCCUUAGCAGAAAAACUUACGUCUAACGAACUUGAUUGGAAAAAGAGGUUUGAUAUUGCAGUGGGCACAGCUAAAGGCCUAGCUUAUUUGCAUGAAGAGUGCCUAGAGUGGGUUUUACAUUGUGAUGUAAAGCCUCAUAACAUACUCUUGGACUUCAACUUUCAACCAAAGGUAGCAGAUUUUGGUCUGUCUAAACUACUGAAUAGAGGUGAGCGUGAUCAUUCAAGCUUCUCAAAGAUGAGAGGAACUAGAGGUUAUAUGGCUCCUGAAUGGGUUUAUAAUCGUCCUAUCACCUCUAAAGUUGAUGUCUAUAGCUAUGGGAUUGUGGUGCUGGAAAUGGUUACUGGAAAGAGCCCCACAGGUACGCAGCAUAGCUCUGGUGGCAGAGGGGCGAAAGAGCAUAAUAGUUUGGACACCCUGGUGCGGCAUGCUGAUGGCCGUGAAGCUUCAAGGGAGUCGUGGAAUAUUGAGGAGAUUGUAGAUCCAAGCAUGGGCGGCAGAUAUGACUCGGCUAAGAUGGAACUUCUACUCAAGGUGGCUUGGCAAUGCGUUGCAGAAGAUAAGGAUGAUAGGCCCACCAUGACCCAGGUUGUAGAGAUGCUUCGCUGCGACGAGGUCAACUGAUAUCUUAUCUUAUUAUUAAUAAGUGCCAAUAGCUUAAGCUACAGUUUUUUCGUCUAAUAUUUUCAUUUCCAAUUUUACCCUUACUUUUAUUCCAAAAUUUCGAUCGAUUUGCUUAUAUUUUUCUUUUGCUGACAAAUGUUUUGGUCUUUUUAUUUCCACCUCCGUGUUCCAAUGUCUUCGUCACAUCUAUGAACUUAUCACUUCUUCUUUGUUCUUGUUGCCUAUCCGACAUUCACACCCAUUUCUCACAAACCUCUCUCUCUCUCUCUCUCUCUCUCUCUCUCUCUCUCUCUUCACCGCCACACCCUCGCCUCUAGCAAAGCAAAACAGAGACACCACUGCCUCCGUCAGUGAAGCACAGUCUCUCGCGUCGGAUCUCUGACCCGUGGUUUGAUCAUCCAUCCUCCUUUCCAACCUCAACCCCGCAUGCCUCUGGUCUCAGCCCGACGAAGACGAAGAUGGAGACAAAGGCAGAGAAAUACCAUCCUCCAUCUGAAUGAGAAAUAGAGGUCGGUGAAGAAGAAUACCGAUGGAUCUUCCCAAAGCUAAGUUUUUUUUUCAAAAUUUUUUUUCCAAACGACGAAUGUUUGAAUGAUUACUUUACUAAACCAUCAAAAUCGGAAGAUUUUGUUCAAUGUUUUUGGGUUUUUUUUUUUUUUUUUGGUGUGAUGGACAUCCGUAUGAUUUUGAUUCCUUCUGUUGGGGUUAUUUUAUGUGAGAAAAUGAUCUAUCGGAUCAUAUGCAUAUAAGCAUAUGUGGCUUUUAUUCUGUUGAUCUCUCUCUGCACUUUUUUAAUUUAUGUAUUAUUUUCUUUAUGGAUUUGAUGAUAUGUUCUGUGAUUUUUGUUUGCAGGGGAAGGAGAAUAUUACUCCGAUUGGCUCAAAGAUCACAAUAAUUUCAACUUCGUGCCUUGUUUUUAUGUAUUUGUUUAUCAUAACCAAUGUUUCAUUUGUUUGCUUAGGAAAGCCUAAUGGGUUUUUUAUUACUCUGCUUGAUUGAAGUGUUUGGUAGAGUUAAAAAUUUCCUGAAAUGUUUAAUUUUAAAUUGCUCUCACUGCCUUGUAUCAGGAUCACAUGCGACAAGCUGGCGAUGAUUAUAGUCA